GGCGUGACUGACAGCACAGUUUUGUUUACCUCCGCAGUGAUGGCGGCGAGUGUCACGGGAUAUACCUCUGCCUGCCGCUGCCUCGCCCGCCACAAAGCGUCCCGUGGGCUCACAUAUCACUGAAUACGUGUACACACUCCCCAUUAAAAUAUACAUAGAAACAGGUACGUGCUGUGAUACAUAUCCCAGUAGUGUUGAAUUCUGCUUGGCUGCUCGGGUGGCAAAUGUGUCAGCUGGCCUUGGGUGACUUGCUGCUCUACCCAUAUUUCUUUAACUUUAAACUUAAGGGGAAGAGUGCUAAGAUGGUGGAAGUGGUAAGUCAGUGUCUUGGCCUGUCUCCCUUCUACUGCUGCCCAGGACCUUUGCCAGACUUGGUUGAGGCCUUUGUUUGUUCCCCAUGGAUGAGGGAAAUUGUAAAGGACAAGGUGUACUCAUGGCCUCCAGAGCAUGAAUCAUUAUCAGCAGCAGAAGUACAAUCAGCUCUGCAGCUUGGCCAUCAAUUAGAACAUCCAUGGCAAAGAGUAUUUAUACAGAUUAUACCAAAGAAAGGAUGUGCUGUAUAUCCACUGGCUAGGAACUGUAGCCAGUCUGUAGGUCUUUUAGCGGAUGUAUCUUUUUCCCAGCUGCUUCAUUAUGUGGCUACAUCCAAUAACAAAAAUUUAUGGAAGGAUGCUUUCAAAAAAUACUCAGAGCAUGGCAUUGCUGUGCAGGGCAAGGGUGGGACACAAGUGGGGACUGAAUGCAUGAGCAGUGUACUAAGGGAGGCAGUUCACAGACUUUAUGGCUGCAUUCUGAUACCGCUGCAAGAGAACAGUGAUCUACAGUCAGCCACCCUGAAUGGUCCUUCAUGCAGACCUCAUUCCAACAUCUUACCUGCCAUUUGUGCCCUGGAAGGCAAGCACCAUAUGUUUGUUGUGUUGCAGAGUGUGGGUCACAACAUGCAGCACUGUGUGUCUUUCAGCCCAGCCAAGCUAAUUGGAUCUGAGGUGCGACCUCUCUUUGUGUUGUAUCAGUUACUGGAGGCUGCUCGUGAUACCCAUGACCGUGGCCUUCAUCUGGGUGAUGUCACACUCAGUCAUCUGUUUGUUGAUGAUGCACUCUACCUCAGUCUGCUGCCCUGCAUCCCUGACACUCUCAUUGAACCAGAAUCUCAGCCUUCCCAGACCAAAGAUGUAAAUAAUGAGGCAGCAUGGUUGAAUGGAGAACCCAUCACUCCCCAGGGGGCACCAGACCCAGACCAUCCCCCAGUAGACAGUUCCAUAAACAUACCUGGAAUUUGUUCAACUGGAAGAUUACAUGACUAUCAGCAGCUCCUAUCAAGUGAUGAUGUUUAUAACUUACUUAAACAAGUGGAGGGAGGUGGUGAGCAACUGGAAUCAAUGCUUCAUUGCUCCCUAGUUCACCUUACACAGCUAUGGGUGGGGCACCAGAUAACCACUUUGGACUAUCUACUUUGCUUAAAUUUCUUUGCUGGAAGGAAGUUCAAUGUGCCGAACCACCACCCCAUUGUGCCUUGGGUGACAGACUUUUCCACUAGAACAUCAGGCUGGAGAGAUCUCACUAAAACAAAAUUCCGGCUGAAUAAAGGAGACCAGCAGCUAGAUCAAACGUACCAGAUGGCUGCCACUCAUGGUCAGUCAAAGCAAACAGCAGCUCACCAUGUAACAGAAGUAUUCAGUGAAAUAACAUACUAUGUGUACAAGGCUCGAGUGACUCCUAGGGAAGUCUUGACUAAGUAUGUGCGCCAACAAUGGGUGCCAGAACAUUACCCAUCAACUGUAAGCCGCUUGUAUGAAUGGACACCAGAUGAAUGCAUUCCAGAAUUCUAUACUGAUUCUUCUAUUUUCAAGAGUAUACACCAAGACAUGGGUGACCUAGAAGUACCUGAGUGGUGUUCAGACACAGAAAACUUCUUGAGUCUUCACCGCAGUAUGCUGGAGAGUGAGAGAGUGUCCCGUAGACUUCACCAUUGGAUUGAUCUUAAUUUUGGACAUAAACUGUCAGGAGGAGCCUCAGUUAAGGCUAAAAAUGUAUGCCUGCAGCUGGUGGACCAUCACACAUUCCUGGCUAGUGGAGGUGUGGUGCAGCUUUUCACUACACCUCAUCCACCAAGGCUUACUUCUUCUCCAUAUCUUGGUCGCUCGCCUCCAAAACUAAUCGUUACUCCACUCCCAGAAACAAAAACUGAGAAAUGUGAUGAGCAGAGUGAAGCUGAUUCAGCUCCAGAAAGACAAGAUGAGGAAAUGGAAAACUUCAAAGCCUUAGCUCUUUCCAAGAAAUUGAGUCGAUCAAGAACAUCUUUAUGUGAAGAAAAGCAAGCAGAAUUACCAUGCAUCCAAUUGCCUCAUGAUUACAAUCCUCUAGUUGCAAUGAAUCAGUUAGAAAUGCAGUUUAAUUUUGUAUUGAAAGCUUCAAGAAGAAUUCCAAAGCAGCUAAUUAAGUUCAAGGACAACCAACAGGCAGUAAAACAAGCAGCUCAUUUAAGACGAGUGAGGGAUAUGCAAGCUAUAGGCUGUAUGAUUGUUGAAAUGUUUUCAGCCUCCAAAUGUCGAGGUUUGGGAAAGAGAGCCUCCCUCAGGGAACGAUAUGCUCAUGCUCAAAAAUUGUUGGCACAUGACCAAAAUGACAUGCCUCGCUGUGCUCGUCGAGCUCUGCAGAUCAUAUUUCAGAUGUUGAGUUCCCAAGAUACAGAGCACACAAGCCUUCCUAGUAAAUAUGAUCCUGUAUCCUCUGAUGGUCUGCCUCCUCCCAGCCCCCACCAGUUGUUGCAACCACUGAUUAAUUUGGUGGUUUUUCCCUCAUAUUUUCCUAAGUUGUAUAGAUUUGUGUGCAAAAUGAGGCAAUACUCUUCUCUGUUAUGUGAAGCUCAGGGCAUUCAUGUUGACACACAUGAAAGAAAGGAAUAUAUUCAGAAAGUGAUGGCAAAUAGAGUUAAAAUGGCUGCUAGAGAUCUUCCAGAUAUAUUGCCAUCUCUUUCCUUGGAAGGGCUAGACCUUAUUUUACCUUUCCUGACAGAGUUAUUUGAAUGUCCAGAAAGUGCUGUGAGUGCUGCUUGGUAUCUGACCUCUAUUCUAGCUCAGGCCCUUGGACCUGAAGGAGCAAACAAACAUCUUUUACCACCUUUGGUGAAAUUGUUUGAAGCUGAAAAUGUAACUGAUAAGCAUUUGAAGCUCUUCCACCGAUCUUUUCUGCUGCAACUGAUAGUGUGGCUGGGCCUGGAAAAGUUUCUCUCUCACUUCAUCACUCCUCUUAUUGAGGGUGUAGGAGGAUAUAAGGAUAUCCUGGGGAAAAGUCAUCAGUCACCUGAAUUAAUGAGGAAGCAGUCAACAAGUCUCAGGAGUGUGGACAUAAGUCUGGGUGUUGAAGGAGUAAUAUCACCAUGUGAGGAAGACUCGCAUUCCAGUGCUGCUGAAAUUACCCUCAGGUUACAUUCUGACCAGGAUCAAUCUACUGAUAUCAAUCCAGAAGAGGCUGAAGCAGAGCCAGAAGUCUUUGUAUUUGAAGGUGGUGAAGAAGAGGCUGAUAGCAAAUCUCCAGACACACCAUUGCAAGACACUAGUGAUCAACUAAGAUCUCCAAUGGCUUCUGAGACCUUGAGCUUGGAUGACGUAUCUCUUCAGGAAGGCGUUGGCUCUAUUCCUUCUCACUCUCCUUCUCCAAGUGCUGGUGAGGAGGAGGGAGAAGAAAAAGAAGAGGAAGUAGAAAGAGAACAGGAAGAUAAUGAGGAAGAAGAAGAAAUCCAUAGUGAACUUGAUACCCCAACUCCUCUGGCAUCAGCUUAUGCAGCUUCUACCACUGCUUACCCAACGUCUCCCUCAUCAGUCACCAGUGGUAUCAACAUUCCUCGUAGUGGGGCAUUGCCUGAAAUAUCAUCUACCAAGUCUGCCAGAGAAUAUUCCAGCUCACUCCCAGACUUCCGCCUUGAGAAAUUUAAAUGUGUUACCAAUAUUGACACUGAGGAAAGUAAAGAGUCUCUGCAAAAACAUCACAAAGAGAAAGAAAGCCCAUAUGAUCGUAGCAGAAUUGAGCUUGGUCACAGUAUGUCAGACGUGUGUUGUGAGAGUGUUUUGUGGUUGGCAGGACGGCUUGGACCUGUCCUAACUGCACGUUAUGUGACUCGCAAUUUACUGCGUAUGCUAACCCUUUGCUAUUUGCCAGACUCUGGUGCUUUGGCUCCACUACCUCCAGAUCCUGAUGACCUACUUUCUGUCACAAAAAAGCGCAUUGUGGGAGAUUCAUAUUCCAAGAAGGUGCUCAUUUGUCUCUCAGAAAUUGCUUGUUUAUAUGGUGAGCAAGUGAUAUUGCUUCAGUAUCUCUGUCACAUAUGUGAACUUGUGGCCUCAUGUCGUCGCAAGCUGUCAGCCACAAUGGAGGGUGGGCUUCUGGGAGCUAUGGCCCUACUGCAACACCUUUUGCCUUAUCUUACAGACCACACAUUCAUGGAAUACUUACAGGAAACCCUGAUCCGUAAUGCAGUUUAUCCGGUGAUCCGUCUGUUGUCCUCCACCAAAGUCAAUUUUCCUCAUGGUGGUGCUGCUCGUGGAGUGUUGGCCUGCAGAGUGAUUGACUGUCUUUUCAUAAUGGUCCGUAGAGUUGGCAGGGAAAUGAGUAAGAGCAUCUUGAUGCCAACUAUUAUAAGAUUUCUGACAACCUUUGACAAGUGUCACAGCAGCUCUCUUGGACAGCUAACAGCCUUAAACAGGUCAAAUGAGGGAGUAGAGACAGAGGACAGUGAGAAAAGUUCAGGUCCCUAUCAGACAUCUCUUGUUAAUGAAGACUCUAUUAAAAUUAAGGCUAUAGAAGAACUGAAAGAAGUAUUGACUCCAGAGCUUGCCUACCUGUCCUAUGUACCACUGUGCAAGUUCUUGGGACCCUCUUACAUGGAAGUCACCUUGCCCAACCAUGAUCUUCUGCACUCUCUCUGUCUCCAAUUUGAUGAAAAUAACCAGGCGGACCAUGCAGCAGUGUUGACUGAUGAUGGCCUAGGACUGAGUAGCUCUGGUGACGAGGCUAGUGGUGGCGGCGGUCACAGGAAAUCUGUCUCGAGCAGAGGAGGCACUAAUGUGGCUGUAACAGGAAACAGGAUUGAUAUAAAGGAUGGAGCGGAUGGUGUCUUCAGUCCUCUCACAGAUCUCCCUCCAUCAACUGGCUUUGCUACAACUGUUGAUAUUACCAAGUACACAAAUACAAAAAUGGAAAAUACUCAAAGGCAUCUGCGAGGCAAUUGGCUGGCUUACUGGGAGCAUGAAAUUGGACGAAGUGAACAAGAUUCAAGGUUUAACUUCAAACAAAUCAAGCUACAGACAUUUGUAGGCCAUAACAACAGUGUAAAGUCCAUCCAAGUACUGGACAAUGAAAACUCUUUCAUUUCCUGCAGCAAAGACAAGACAGUAAAGUUGUGGUCCUUACGAAGCCAGGGUGAUGGAAGUUCCCACGUGAGCCCUCAGUGGACUUACACUGGCCACAAGAAAUCAGUCUUUGGAGUGACUCUGUGCGAGUCAAUGAGAUAUGCUGCAUCCUGUGACUCAACCGUCCAUGUUUGGGAUCCCUUUAUAUGUGCUACCAUAAAGCAACUAGACUCUCUUCGCCAUAGUCCUGUUACAGUUUUGACGGCUAUGGCAGCACCUUCAACACAGCUGGUAGUUGCAACCACUGAUGCAACUUUGAAGUUCAUUGAUCUUAGAACCUGUAGCUAUAUACAUGAAUUUAAGGUGUCUGUGGGAGGUGCAGGGUUAGUACGUUGUAUUGACUCAAGUGGGGAUGGCCACUUGGUGGCUGUAGCACACUCUUCAGGAGUGAUAUCCGUCCUUGAUAUACGCACAGGACAUCUUCUCUCAACGUGGAAACCACAUGAAGGAGAGGUGUUAUGCAUGAAAUGGCAUCGCAACAGCACCUUUAUUAGCUCGGCUCUUGACCAAACCAUGUCUGUGUGGAGCACUGAUGAUACGAAGCUCAAAUUCACUCUCAGGGGUCCAACUGAGCCAGUACAUCUGAUAAACCUAUAUGAGGAUGAGGUUAUCACUGGCACUACAGCAAAUAGAAUUGGAGUCCACACCUCCAUCUCACCCACUGCCUCAUUCUCAUCCACUAGACUACGAUCAGACACUUUCAGGGGUGUUCUUACCACCAUGGCAGUUCUACCCCUCAACCGACUCAUGCUUCUUGGAGCUGACAAUGGAACUAUAAGAUUACUAUGUUGAGGCUUUAACUAAUGUGAUAUUGUGAUUUUUAAGGGGUCAUUUCUAACAAGCUCACUUACAGGUUCCUGAUUAAGUUGUCAGGUGUUGUCAAGAACAAAACUCUCAUCAUAUCAUUAUUAAGUAUGAAUUUAAUUUACUCUUAAGUAUCACCAAUCUGAAAUGUUUACUGUUGUACAGAUGAAUUGUAAAGUAUGUAUCUUGAAAUAUAUGGGGUUUAUAUUUUAUAUAUUGCCUUUCAAGUAAGUCAUGUAAUUAUAUAUAAAAAAAAAAUAAAGCACAUUUGCAUGA